CUCUUCAACCACGCAAGCCUUUCUUUAACCCCCCACACAACACACAAACCUCUCUGUAAUAGCCCCUAACUAUAGAGUGUCUCACUCUCCUGCGGGCCGUUUGUCCAUCAGUCUCCUUAAAGAAUACUCUACCACCAGAGCACCACCCACAAUAGGCAUGGACUCGAUGCGGUCCCUGAACACUUCUUUGCCGUCGGCCUCCAGGCCAAAUCCUCCACCUCAACCGGACCUGCAUCAAGCCUUCCGAUCCGCGGCGCUCUCGGUGACAAACCUUUACAAGACCGCCGCGGCCGACCAAACCAGGGCUCAUGGAGAAGGCUACCGGGAAGCCCUAGAGGACCUACUAGCAUUUCUCGACAGCAAAAAUUUAGGCCUUGGAGAUGGAGAGGGAUGGAAGGUGCGGCAAUGGGCAACGGAGCGUCUAGAUGGAGAACCCACGACCAUGCAAUCGACAUCAGACAGCGACGAAGAGUCUGCCGAAGAGAAGCGAGCACGCAGUUCAUCGCCCGUAAUGGAAAGGAAGCAGAGCCCCGAAAUCCAGUCAUCAUCGCCGUCAUAUAGCCCCGAGCAGGAUGCCCGACCAGAGUCAGCACCGCCAAUACCACCACAAACCACUACACCGCAAACCGUAACCGAUAUCACGCCUCCACGGAGCGAGUUCACGUUCACCACCCAACACGCGUACCCGGCCAAUGUUGAGAGCGAGAUGGAGGUCUCGCCACCCACGUCGAUCCCCCAGAUGCGAGUCGAGCUCCAUCCACGUCGUCAGUCCAGUCGCCACCACAGCACCCGCCACAACACACGAUCGAACAACACCAACCUAGGCAAUGGUGCAGGUUUCAAGCGACGGCUACCCUUUAACGAGUACUUUGACCUCAGCGGGCCAUGGAACGGGAAGGAUGGAUUAGGGGGUAGCAAGCGAGGCCGGUUCUCGUAGGACGAAGCGCAUGGCGCAUAAUCCACGUUUAAGGGGGCGGCUGUCUUUUCUAGAAGCGGGUGCAUAUUCAAGAGGGGCGUUGUCUACCGGCACCAUCAAAGUGCCUGGACGCAUUGGUUGGCGUUGCAUCUACAGGAGUUUCUUUCCGAACCUGCCGAGAUACCAGUCUAGGAUGGCAGUCUGCAUAGCAUGGAGGCAUGGCUUAAGCGAUUUCUGCAAAGAAGAGGAGAUGUUAUUGGGGCCAGCGAUCCCCGUAGUGUACAAUACCCAGAUUUAAAUACAGCAUGGUACUACAACACAAAUAUUUCACGUCCGUGUGCUCAUAUCAAGUGACAGCUACUUUGCUAUUAGCGACACCAAUCUGUGAUACUCUUGUGAUA